AAAACACAAACUAGGCUCUUGUGGGCAAGGCGAAAGUGGAGACAGAAACAACUAUAAACGCCAAAAUAAAUGUUCAUAAAAAUGCCUGGCACGUCUGUCUCAGAGGACAUCGAGCCCCCUAACGCUACCUAUGAUGAAAUUUCGGAGCUUCAGAGAAAAAUUCAUCUUCUGUAUGGAGACUAUUCGAUAGCGCAUUUCGAAAACUCUCAUUCUGCCAAAAACAUAGAAGCUAUCCAGCAGCUGAGACAAGAGAAUGCAGACCUGAACAAAAAACAGCCUGAGGAAGAUGAACAAAUUAUCAAGGAUGUUUUUCAAGGCCAUGGGAUGGAGAAAGAAUCGUUCAGGAACAUGUCUGUGAAGGCGGCUCAGACCGUGCUGGAGAAGCAGGUGUGUGAUAAAAUGAAGAAGCACAAUGCUAUGAAACACACCACUCAGACACAGAGACAGCAUUUAGAAGAUUUGAAACUCAUGGAACUGAAGCCACAGAACAGUAGCCCUCUGCCUGACACCCAGAAAGGAGAGGAGGAAAAGGAACUGCGCAUUCUGGAAAACAGUUUGGAGAAAUCACAGCUAAAAUAUCAUGAAGCAGAGCACAUAACACGAGGAUACCGCAAGCUGAAGGAGCACCUACAGGAAGAGAGUCUUACAUUUCAACCACAGCUGGACAGGCUGGAGACAGAGGUCUAUUGGCAGGCACAAUGGCUGAAAGACCUACAGGUCAUGAAGAACAAUGUUUUCCUGUUCAAGGAUGAAGCCAAGACUGAGCUACAGCUCCAGGAGGAGCAGGUGUACAGAGAGCGCAGAGAAAGAGAAAAAAUCAUCUCCCGCUACAAGAAGCAGGCAGAGGAGAGGAUGUCUCAGGCAGAGAGGAUGAAGAGAAGACCCCAGUGGGCGUCUAUGAACCCUGAUGAGCUGAGCAGUGAGGCCCCGCGCAGUCCCACCACAGUAGGAGGAGAAGAAGAAGAAUCCAUCUCGACUUUUGAGGAAGCUUUCCAGCAUGCCAAAGAGGCCACUGGAGUCACAGACUCACAGGAAAUAGUGGACAGGUUUAUCUCUCAGGGAGAAACCCAGGAACAUUUGGAAAAGAUGAAGGCGGAAAAUGAGAGAAUGCUGCUUGAACUGAAGGAGGAGAGGAAUACAUCAAAGACUCAGUUUCAGGAUGUAAAAUACUCACGAGAAACUGAAUUCUCAAGUAUCCGACAGAUGCUGCACGAAUGUGAACAUGACCUGCAGCGAGAGCAGGAGCAUCGUGAUGCAGCUAAAGAUGGCCUGGACAGACUCACUCAUUCACUAAAUACUGUCAAAGCAGCAGUGCAACAGCUCAGUGACAAACUACAACACAUACCACUGAUGAAGGUUCCAUCAUCACAUCUGCCUCUAGACUCAGAAGAGCACAUGCUACAGCUGAUGUCUGAGACUGACCAGAAACUGAUACUGCUAAAGGAGGAACUACAGGGUAAAGAUCUGGCAACCAUAAUGAAGGAGUUAGAGGAAGAAGAGUUCCAUGCCAGAAUAGCAGGGAAGCUACCCCAGAAUAACACUCGAAUUCAGCUGCCUGAGGCCCAGAAACAGGACUUUUUUGAAGAUGAGGAGGACAGCGGCGUUGAUGACGGUGAUGUCACCAACCGCGUCACACUGAAGCACCAGUCACAGUCGAUCAUUGACGCAAACACCAGGAGGAAAACUCGCAUUAAAAAGAGGAAAGGCCAACUCUGAUCUAAUUCAGUCACAGGAGAGUUAAUAAACAUCUGACUGAGUUUAAAACAUGUCAGCUGUAGCGACACAUUUCCUGGAAUCAUUAUCUUAAUUCUGUAUGUUUGUGCAUUCAUGCUUAAGAAAAUAAAUGAAUUAUUGAGCUAAUGUAGUUUGAUUUUAAUAAAUGUAGCUGAUGGA